AUGGACAGUCCACGAAAUAUCACAGAAAUUUUCAUGCUGGGACUCUCACAAAAUCCCCAGGUACAAAGAGCUUUAUUUUUGCUCUUUCUGUUUGUCUACCUGGUCUCUGUUGGGGGUAACCUUCUUAUCAUGAUCACUAUUAUCUUUAGCCCCACCUUGGGCUCCCCUAUGUAUUUUUUCCUCUCAUACUUGUCUUUUAUUGAUACCUGCUAUUCCUCCUGCAUGACUCCUAAACUCAUUGCUGACUCCUUGCAUGAGGGGAGAGCCAUUUCUUUUGAGAGCUGCUUGGCCCAGUUCUUUGUUGCUCAUUUAUUGGGAGGAACUGAGAUCAUUCUGCUCACAGUGAUGGCCUAUGAUCGCUACGUGGCCAUCUGCAAGCCCCUGCACUACACGACCAUCAUGACCAGGCACCUCUGUGCCCUCCUGGUGGCGGUGGCUUGGCUAGGAGGCUUCCUGCACUCAUUGGUUCAGCUCCUCCUGGUCCUUCAGCUGCCCUUCUGUGGGCCCAACGUGAUCGAUCACUUUGUGUGUGACUUAUAUCCUUUGCUGGAGCUGGCCUGUACCAACACCUAUGUCAUUGGUCUGCUGGUGGUGGCUAACAGUGGUGUGAUCUGCCUGCUGAACUUCCUCAUGCUGGUUGCCUCCUACAUUGUCAUCCUGCGCUCUUUGAGGUCCCACAGUGUGGAGGGGAGACGCAAAGCCCUGUCCACAUGUGGGGCCCACUUCACUGUUGUUGCCUUGUUCUUUGUGCCUUGCAUAUUUAUUUACAUGAGGCCCUCAACUACGCUGUCCAUAGACAAAAUAGUGGCUGUGUUUUAUUGUAUUUUGACACCCAUGUUCAACCCCCUGAUUUAUACUCUGAGAAAUGCAGAGGUGAAAAAUGCCAUGAAGAAUCUGUGGAAAAAGUGA